UGAUGGACAGAUUACAGAGAUUGUCUAUAAGGGUGAACACAACCAUGCAAAGCCUCGGCCUCCCAUGCGCAAUUCAUCAGGGACACAAGGGACAGGAGUUGCUUCUAAUGGAACUGGUCAAGAUGCCAACAAUUCAUUAUGGAGCAAACAACAGAAUGAAAGGAAUGAAGGCUUUGAAGGUAGAGUUGAGAAUGAGAAUGAAGUAGGAUUACCAGCACAUUCAUCUUAUCAGGGAAAAGCUUCAGUACCUUAUGAACCAGUUGCCACUGGAGCAAUUAAUACUGGUGGUGGAACUUCUGAAAACUCUUGUGGUCUUAGUGGGGAAUGUGAGGAAGGAAGCAAGGAAGGAGAAGAUGAGGACCUGAGAAGUAAGAGAAGAAAAAGUGAGAUUCAAUCCAGUGAAGUAGGCAUUUCUGGAGAAGGUGUCCAAGAUCCCCAAGUUGUGGUGCAGAGUAUCACAGAUUCUGAGAUUUUGGGGGAUGGCUUUCGCUGGAGAAAAUACGGGCAUAAAGUUGUGAAGGGAAAUCCAUAUCCCAGAAGUUACUAUAGAUGCACAAAUCUCAAAUGCAACAUGCGCAAGCAUGUUGAAAGAGCAUCAGAUGAUCCAAGAUCUUUUAUCACAACAUAUGAGGGGAAACACAACCAUGAGAUGCCACUUAAGAACACAGCUCCUGUGGUAUCUGAACCAGAAUCACAUGCCCCUUCUAGUAAAGACAAGGCAUGACCACAGGGAAGGAAAAUCAUUGCCGAUGUAUGCCAGCAUGAUUUCUGGUCCCAAAAACAGUCACAGGAAAUUAUAAGUAUUCCAUCAUGUUGCUACCAAACAACAGGAGAAAUUCAGAAGCUGGCCAUGAAUUUAGGCUGUGGAGGCUUCUUGUUGAUGGCAAUUUUAUAUUGGAAGUCCGAAUAACAGCAUUUAACCCAC